GUUAGAUAGUCAGUACUGUACAUGUUACAUAAGAGGAUAGCAACAGCUAACAAAAUGGAGGCCAUUACAAGCCCAGUAACUCUCAUUAGUGAUGAUGAUGUUUUUUGCCGGGGAGGAGGAGGGAUUGAAGAACUGCUGGAUUCUAAACUGGACUGGGCCUUCCCUUCCAUACUGUCCUCCACAGGAGGAGUCGCAUCCCUCUCUUCCUCCUCCAUCUUAAAUAUAUAGUAUACGGAGGAGAACGGAAGUUUCUUGCUAAAGUCUCCGGUCAACCACGUGAAAACAAAUGGCAGACUUUGAGUACUUAUCUCCAGAAGGCCUGAGAUCUGAUGGUAGGAGACCACAAGAGCUGAGAGUGUUGUCAUGUAACAUCAGUCACUGCUUACAGGCAGACGGGUCUGCUUACCUUCAGCAAGGGAACACUAGAGUGAUUGCUACUGUGUAUGGACCACACGAUGUUAGUAGGAGGUCUGAGGCUCAACACGACAAAGCAUUCAUCAACUGUCAGUUUAGUAUGGCCACAUUCUCUACCUCCGAGAGAAAGAAAAGACCAACUGGAGACAAAUCCUGUUUGGAAACUUCACUCGCUUUGAAAAAGACGUUUGAGGCAGCCAUUUUAACAGAUACAUAUCCUCACUCUAAGAUUGAUAUAUUUGUACAAAUACUGCAAUCAGAUGGAAGUGAUAAAGCAGUAUCGAUUAAUGCUAUUACUAUGGCUCUUAUUGAUGCCGGCAUACCAAUGAAGGACUACGUGUGUGCUACUAGCGUUACUCUAAUUAAUGACACACCUAUCGUUGAUCUUAAUUAUUUUGAGGAGAGGGGCCCAGGACCAGAACUAAUAGUUGGAACUUUACCAAAAUCAGGCAAAAUUGUAUUUCUACAAGUAAAUUCAAGACUUCAUAUAGACAAUAUGGAGAAAGUAUUAAAGGAAGGAAUGAAUGGAAAUCAACGGGUUCAUACAAUAUUGGACACUUUAAUAAAGAAACAUCUUGAAAAAUCAAUUCUUACUUAAAUAUUAGAAAUUAUUAGAAAUUUAAUAAAUACUAACAACACAAA